CCGUAAAUAAAACUCUCCGCAUUGUCGGGUGUUUUGUAAGCAAUUUCGCAGAAAAUUGCAGAAAAUACGAGUUUUUAGUAGAAAUUCCGCCCCCAAAUUGGUGGAAAUUGCUAAAUAAAAGUUCCCAGCAUAAUAAUCUGUUGAAAUGUUUGAGAACGACGAUGAACAAUACGCCGAGGAGGAAGAUGCGGAGGAGAUUUCCCACGAGCUGUGGCAGGAAGCGUGCUGGAUCGUGAUAAACGCCUACUUUGAUGAGAAAGGUCUUGUCCGGCAGCAACUUGACAGCUUCGAUGAAUUUAUUCAGAUGUCUGUCCAGCGAAUUGUGGAGGAUUCCCCGGCAAUUGAUCUUCAAGCUGAAGCACAGCACACUUCCGGGGAAAUUGAGACACCGCCUCGAUUUUUGCUAAAAUUCGAUCAGAUUUACUUAUCAAAGCCAACACAUUGGGAAAAGGAUGGCUCACCUAGUCCUAUGAUGCCUAAUGAGGCUCGUCUGCGGAAUCUCACGUACUCUGCCCCAUUGUACGUGGAUAUCACAAAGACAAAGAUUGUCGAGGGUCAGGAUCCCAUUGAGACGCAGCACCAGAAGACUUUUAUUGGGAAAAUCCCAAUUAUGCUGCGUUCGACGUAUUGCCUCCUGAGUCAGCUGACAGAUCGUGAUCUUACGGAGCUCAAUGAGUGCCCCCUCGAUCCGGGUGGUUAUUUCAUCAUUAACGGCUCAGAGAAAGUGCUGAUUGCCCAGGAGAAGAUGGCCACAAACACCGUGUACGUGUUCAGCUUGAAAGAUGGCAAAUAUGCGUACAAAGCAGAGAUCAGAUCGUGCCUGGAGCACAGCUCUCGGCCAACGUCAACGUUGUGGGUGAAUAUGAUGGCUCGUGGUGGGCAGAGUAUCAAGAAAUCCGCCAUUGGGCAGCGAAUCAUCGCCAUUCUGCCGUACAUUAAGCAAGAAAUCCCCAUAAUGAUCGUCUUCCGGGCGCUGGGAUUUGUAGCUGAUCGCGAUAUCCUCGAGCACAUUAUCUACGAUUUCGAUGAUCCCGAAAUGAUGGAGAUGGUCAAGCCCUCCCUCGAUGAGGCUUUCGUCGUGCAGGAACAGAAUGUGGCGUUGAAUUUCAUUGGAGCUCGUGGCGCCAGGCCGGGAGUGACGAAGGAGAAGCGUAUAAAGUACGCCAAGGAGAUCCUGCAGAAGGAAAUGCUGCCGCAUGUAGGUGUGUCGGACUUUUGUGAGACAAAGAAGGCCUAUUUCUUGGGCUACAUGGUGCACAGGCUUCUCCUGGCCGCCCUGGGACGUCGUGAGCUUGACGAUCGUGAUCACUACGGGAAUAAACGUUUGGAUUUGGCUGGCCCACUGCUGGCCUUCCUCUUCCGGGGACUCUUUAAGAAUUUGAUGAAGGAAGUCCGGAUGUAUGCGCAAAAGUUCAUCGAUCGUGGGAAAGAUUUCAAUUUAGAGCUUGCGAUCAAGACAAAAAUCAUCACGGAUGGGUUGAGGUAUUCCCUGGCCACGGGAAAUUGGGGUGAUCAGAAGAAGGCCCAUCAGGCACGUGCUGGUGUCUCGCAAGUGUUGAAUCGUCUAACUUUCGCCUCAACUUUGUCGCAUUUGAGGCGGGUUAAUUCACCAAUUGGACGCGAUGGGAAAUUGGCUAAACCUCGUCAGCUUCACAAUACACUCUGGGGAAUGAUUUGCCCAGCAGAAACUCCCGAAGGGGCAGCUGUGGGUCUCGUGAAGAAUCUCGCCCUGAUGGCGUACAUUUCCGUUGGGUCGCAACCAUCGCCCAUCCUGGAGUUCUUGGAGGAGUGGUCCAUGGAGAAUCUCGAGGAGAUUGCUCCAUCAGCAAUUGCCGAUGCUACGAAGAUCUUUGUCAAUGGAUGCUGGGUGGGGAUUCAUCGAGAUCCGGAGCAGCUGAUGGCAACACUGAGGAAACUCCGUCGGCAGAUGGACAUCAUUGUCUCCGAGGUGUCCAUGGUGCGAGAUAUUCGUGACAGAGAAAUUCGCAUCUACACUGAUGCGGGGAGAAUCUGUCGCCCGUUGCUUAUUGUGGAGAAUGGGAAUCUCCUGCUGAAGAAAACUCACACAGACAUGCUGAAGGAGCGCGAAUACAACAACUACGGAUGGCAGGUACUCGUGGCAAGUGGCGUUGUGGAGUACAUUGAUACGCUGGAGGAGGAAACAGUCAUGAUUGCCAUGUCUCCGUAUGAUUUGAAGCAGGACAAGGAGAAUGCCUACUGUACGACCUACACGCACUGUGAAAUUCAUCCGGCAAUGAUUCUUGGUGUUUGUGCCUCAAUCAUUCCAUUCCCGGAUCACAAUCAGAGUCCCCGUAAUACCUACCAGAGUGCUAUGGGGAAGCAAGCUAUGGGUGUCUACAUUACCAACUUCCACGUACGCAUGGACACGCUCGCGCACGUCCUGUACUACCCCAUGAAGCCCCUCGUAACCACACGCUCGAUGGAGUAUCUGCGUUUCCGGGAACUUCCAGCGGGAAUCAAUUCAAUUGUCGCUAUUCUCUGCUACACUGGCUACAAUCAAGAAGACAGUGUCAUCCUCAAUGCUUCCGCCGUUGAGAGGGGUUUCUUCCGUUCGGUCUUCUAUCGUUCCUACAAAGAUUCCGAGAACAAACGUAUUGGGGAUCAAGAGGAGCAAUUUGAGAAGCCAAACAGACAAACCUGCCAGGGAAUGCGGAAUGCUCUGUACGACAAACUCGACGAUGAUGGCAUCAUUGCGCCGGGGAUUCGUGUCUCGGGCGAUGAUGUGGUCAUAGGGAAGACAAUAACCUUACCGGAGAAUGAUGAUGAGCUCGAUGGGACAACAAAGAGAUUCCGCAAAAGGGAUGCAUCGACAUUCUUAAGGAAUUCCGAAACGGGAAUUGUGGAUCAAGUUAUGCUGACGCUCAACAGUGAAGGCUACAAAUUCUGCAAGAUUCGCGUGCGCUCAGUGCGAAUCCCCCAGAUUGGGGAUAAAUUCGCCUCGAGGCACGGGCAGAAAGGAACGUGUGGGAUUCAGUAUAGGCAGGAGGAUAUGCCCUUCACGUGCGAAGGCAUAACACCCGAUAUUAUCAUCAAUCCACACGCUAUCCCCUCGCGUAUGACAAUUGGGCAUUUGAUUGAGUGCCUCCAGGGGAAGUUGGGCUCCAACAAGGGCGAAAUUGGUGAUGCCACCCCCUUCAAUGAUGCCGUGAACGUGCAGAAGAUCUCAACGUUCCUCCAGGAGUACGGCUAUCACUUGCGUGGGAAUGAGGUGAUGUACAACGGGCACACGGGCAGGAAGAUCAAUGCUCAGGUCUUCUUGGGGCCAACCUACUAUCAGCGUCUCAAGCACAUGGUGGACGAUAAGAUCCAUUCACGGGCUCGUGGUCCAGUGCAGAUUCUCGUGCGUCAACCCAUGGAGGGUCGUGCACGUGAUGGUGGCCUGCGUUUUGGGGAGAUGGAACGUGAUUGUCAAAUUGCCCACGGAGCAGCACAAUUCCUCCGAGAGAGGCUCUUUGAAGUCUCUGAUCCCUACAGGAUUCACGUCUGCAACUUCUGUGGCCUCAUUGCAAUUGCUAAUCUUCGCAAUAACACAUUCGAGUGCAAAGGAUGCAAGAACAAGACACAGAUCUCCCAAGUAAGACUCCCCUAUGCUGCUAAGUUGCUGUUCCAAGAGCUAAUGUCCAUGAAUAUAGCUCCACGGCUGAUGGUCGUCUAGAGGAGCAACGAAGGUAGGAAUUUCUCUUCAAUUUAAUUUUUUUCUUAAAUUUUGAAUAGAUUGUAAUACAGAUAAAUUUUUAAAAAUUAAA